GACGGGCUAAGCGCCCCCCCCCCCCCCCGCGCCUCCUCCGCCCCCCCCGGUGCCUGGACCGGGGAUGGGGAACGUGGAGAGCGCGGAUGGGGAGGCGCUGCCCCGGGGACCGGGAACGGCGGCGGCCCCCGGGGGACCCGGGUUGCUCGCCCCCGGUAAGAUGCCGAUGCCGGAGCCUUGCGAGCUGGAGGAGCGCUUUGCCUUGGUGCUGAGCUCCAUGAACCUCCCCCCGGACAAAGCCCGGCUGCUGCGCCAGUACGACAACGAGAAGAAGUGGGACCUCAUCUGCGACCAGGAACGAUUCCAGGUGAAAAGCCCCCCCCACGCCUACAUCCAGAAACUGCGCAGCUUCUUGGAACCGGGGGUGACGCGGAAGAAAUUCAGGAGGAGAGUGCAGGAGUCGACAAAGGUCCUGCGGGAACUGGAGAUCAGCCUGAGGACCAACCACAUCGGGUGGGUGCGCGAGUUCCUCAACGAUGAGAACAAAGGACUGGAUGUGCUGGUGAACUACCUGUCCUUCGCCCAGUGCGCCGUCAUGUUGGAUUUGGAGGGCCUGGAAGGCGGCGAGGACGGCGCGCUGGAGAAGUUGCGCGUCUGGAGCAGAUCCAUCGAGGAUCUGCAGCCCCCCAGCGCCCUGCCCGCCCCCUUCGCCAGCAGCCUCGCCCGCUCGGCACGCCAGACCGCCCUACGUUACGGCACGCUGCCGAGCCGCAGGGCGCUGAAGAACUCGCGUUUGGUGAGCCAGAAGGAUGACGUCCACCUCUGCAUCAUGUGUCUGAGGGCCAUCAUGAACUACCAGUACGGCUUCAAUCUGGUGAUGUCCCAUCCUCACGCCGUCAACGAGAUCGCUCUGAGCCUCAAUAACAAAAACCCCAGGACGAAGGCGCUGGUGCUGGAGCUGCUGGCGGCCGUGUGCCUGGUGAGGGGCGGCCACGAGAUCAUCCUCGCCGCCUUCGACAACUUCAAGGAGGUCUGCAAAGAGAAGCACCGCUUCGAGCGGCUGAUGGACUACUUCCGCAACGAGGACAGCAGCAUCGACUUCAUGGUGGCCUGCAUGCAGUUCAUCAACAUCGUGGUGCAUUCAGUGGAAGACAUGAAUUUCCGCGUCCAUCUCCAGUAUGAGUUCACCAAACUGGGGCUGGAGGAGUUCCUGCAGAAGUCGAGGCAUACGGAGAGCGAGAAGCUGCAGGUGCAGAUCCAGGCGUACUUGGACAAUGUUUUCGAUGUCGGAGGUCUGCUGGAGGAUGCUGAGACCAAGAACGUGGCUCUGGAGAAGGUGGAGGAGCUGGAGGAGCAUCUAUCCCACCUGACGGAGAAGCUGCUGGACCUGGAGAACGAGAACAUGAUGCGCGUGGCGGAGCUGGAGAAGCAACUGCUGCAGCGCGAGAAGGAACUGGAGGUGGUCAAGGAGACCUUCGAGCACACGAGCCACCAGGUGCACACGCUGCGGCGGUUGAUCAAGGAGAAGGACGAGGCUUUCCGGCGGCGUUACGGCUCCGAGCCGCCCCCCCCGACCCCCGGCACCGAACCCCCUCCCCAGCCCGACCCCCUGCCCCCAGAUGAGCCCCCCCGGCUCCCCGUCCCCCCCCCGGUGGAGUCUGCGCCCCCAGCGCCCCCACCGCCACCCCCCCUGCCGCCCCCCGCGCCCCCGCUGCCAGGGAAGUGUCCCCCAGCUCCGCCGCUGCCCGGGGCCUCUCCCUCCAUCACCCUCACCGUCGGGCUCUCGGCCAUUCGGAUCAAGAAGCCCAUCAAGACCAAGUUCCGCUUGCCCGUCUUCAACUGGACGGCGUUGAAGCCCAACCAGAUCAGCGGGACGGUGUUCAGCGAGUUGGAUGACGAGCGGGUGCUGGAGGACCUCGACCUGGAACGCUUCGAGGAGCUCUUCAAGACCAAGGCGCAGGGCCCAGCCCUCGACCUCGUCUGUGCCAAGAACAAGGCGUCGCAGAAGGUGGCCAGCAAGGUGACGCUGCUGGAGGCCAACCGCGCCAAGAACCUGGCCAUCACCCUGCGCAAGGCGGGCCGCAGCGCCGAGGAGAUCUGCAGGGCCAUCCACACGUUUGAUCUGACGACGGUGCCGGUGGACUUUGUGGAGUGCCUGAUGCGGUUUCUGCCGACGGAGGCGGAGGUGAAGGCGCUGCGGCAGUACGAGCGGGAGCGCAAACCGCUGGAGGAGCUGGCGGACGAGGAUCGCUUCAUGCUGCAGUUCAGCAAGGUGGAACGGCUGCCGCAGCGCAUGGCCAUCAUGGCCUUCCUCGGCAACUUCACCGAGAACCUCCAGAUGCUGACACCGCAACUCAACGCCAUCAUCGCAGCCUCAGCCUCCGUCAAGUCCUCGCAGAAGCUGAAGCGGAUGCUGGAGAUCAUCUUAGCGUUGGGCAACUACAUGAACAGCAGCAAACGCGGCGCCGUCUACGGCUUCAAACUGCAGAGCUUGGACCUGCUCCUGGACACGAAGUCAACAGACAGGAAGAUGACGCUGCUGCAUUUCAUCGCAUUGACCGUACGGGAGAAGUACCCGGAGCUGUCGACCUUUUGGCAGGAGCUGCACUUUGUGGAGAAGGCGGCUGCAGUGUCCCUGGAGAACGUGCUGCUCGACGUCAAGGAGCUUGGCCGGGGCAUGGAGCUGCUGCGGCGGGAGUGCGGACUGCACGAGCACGGCGUGCUGCGCGCCUUCCUGGCCGCCAGCGAGGGCAAACUGGAGCGGCUGCAGAAGGACGCACGCACAGCCGAGGACGCAUACAACGCCGUUGUGCGUUAUUUCGGCGAGAGCCCCAAGACCACUCCCCCGUCCGUCUUUUUCCCGGUUUUCGCGCGUUUUAUCCGCUCCUAUAAGGACGCGGAGCAGGAGAAUGAGAUGAGGAAGAAGCAGGAGGAGGUGAUGCGGGAGAAGCUGUUGGCACAGGAGGCAAAGAAGCAGGAGAAGCGGAACAAGUGGCAGCAGCAGGAACUGAUCGCUGAGCUGCGCCGCCGUCAGGCCAAGGACCACCGCCCCGUCUACGAGGGCAAGGACGGCACCAUCGAGGACAUCAUCACCGCGCUGAAGAGCGUCCCCUUCACCGCCCGCACCGCCAAGCGGGGCUCUCGCUUCUUCUGCGACCCGUCCCACCACGACGAGUCCACCUGUUAGCCCCCAGCGCGACGGUGGAUCCGCCUGUAGCCAAGCAAGGGACCCAGGGGACAGCAUCAUCCUCACAGACGACAUCCCCGUCCCCCCCAAACUGGGGGGAACCCUGUGGCUGGGACCCCCUCCCCACAGCAGGGGCCAAAUCCUGCCCAUGGCUGCGGUGGGGGCUGAACCCAUGGGGUGCCCCCGCUCCGCAUCGGGGGUCCCCCGGGGGGCGAGGGGGGGUCAGAGCCCCUGCGUCCCACCAUAGGGACCCCCCCAACCCCGCGCUCGUCACUUUGACCACUGAUAUCAACACUAAUUGCCAAAAAAAGGGACCAAAGCCAGGCUGGGGUUGAGGGGUGGGGGGGUGCAGAAUGGCCCCCUUUCUUCCCCCUCCCCAGAAUUCCAUCCCCCACCCCAAAAUUCCAAACUCCUCUCCCAGU